AUUCCUAGUUAUGCAUUAUUAUUAUCUAACAUAUACAAGGACGGAACGUUUGAUCUCGCGGAAGAAAUUCGCGUUUACUCCAUGUGCGUGCCCCACCCGAGCUCCACAUGCACUCCAAGCGCUAGUGCACUCGGCAGUUCUAUUUGUUUGCGUUCUUCGCUUCUCCACUCCUUUUGCAAUUGUGCUCCACUGUUUCACUUUCCAUGUCUUCUGAAGCUCCGUUGAGGUCGCUUAUUUGUCUCCUAACUACGCAAAUUCAUGGAGAUCCAAAUUCUUCAUACCGGAAAGAUGCAUUACCUGCUUCGCAUCACCUUCACUUUCAAUCCAGCGCGUUCAAGCUGGACUGUAAAUCGAAAACGGUUUCCCCUGCAACCUGCUUAUGCGACGACAUUCAACGGAUGUCAAGGACUAAUGCUUGAGAAACUCGUGCUUGACCUACAUAGAUUCGUUCGCACACGAGGAGAAGAGCAAAAGACAACAGCAAUUCCAAAUGCAACUUGAAUGCAUCGGCCGGGUAAUUAUACCGGCGUUAUGCAUCAUACACAUGUACAGAGAGAGCAAAGAUCCACGAGCUAGCUUUCGUGGGUAGCGCUAGACAAACAGAUUCUAAAAGUGAAGUUGUUGUGUAUUACAUAAUCGAAC